AUGUGGCCAUCUCUGAGGGCCCCUGCAGCAAUUGUGUGCAAGACGGGACGCUCUGCCGAAUCUAUGGUCGUCGGCCGUCAACUCUCAGCGGACGAGACCUAUCUUCCCACGCCAUCAGCAGGACCAAGCACUGCACCCAGCCUUCGGAAUGAUAUUCAGGUCGAGGGGAAUCAGUCUGACUCCACUUCCGCUACGCGCACUCACCCAGAUCUUCCUCAGCAGAAGUUCGCCCAGGGCCCGGACAAAGCUUCUGGACCGGACCCCAUCGUUGUGCCUCACUAUGUUGGCGAGUCAGAAGGUCUAGAGUUUCUGUUCGAUGUCUGCUCACCUUCACGCCCCUUCAAGGGCAAUAUCUACCUCAUCGGCCGACAGAGAAGCAAGUUUCCAGACGACAACACGGUGAAAGCGCUGAAAUCUCAGCCACUGCCGAGUGAUAACAUUUGUCAUGAACUUCUCAGAGACUACUUUAGCUACGUCCACCCAUUCCUACCCAUCAUCAACGCCGCCGAGUUUCUGAAUACCUACCAUAACGAUCGUGAUCGUCUCAGCUCGUUACUGCUGCGGUCUGUUCUCUUUGCAGCAGCGAGUUUCGUUAGCUCCGGGCCCCUUCAAAAGGCUGGCUUUUCAACCAGAAAAGCUCUAAAAGAGCACUUGUAUUCUCAAGCAAAGGUCGGCGGUCUGCACUUCCACUUUCCACUGGCCAAAGCUAACAACGCCGUAGCAACUUCUGCUAUACUUCUAGCACACUAUUACAUCGAUCUCGAAGAUCUGGACGGACCAUGGCAUUGGAUCGGAAUCGCACUAAGCUUAUGCCACACGAUGGGCCUGCAUCGAGAUCCUCGGUGGGACCGUCUACAGCGGUCACCCUUCCCAAACGCACAGUACGCACUGUGGCGACGGAUAUGGUGGUGUUGCUAUUACCGUGAUGCAUGGCUUGCGUUAGCGAUCGGGAGGCCUAUGAGAAUCAACUCCGAUCAUUGUGAUGCUCCUAUACCGACCACCGAUGAUGUCCUGACCGAAAUUGAGCAGCUUUCGCCGGAGCUGAGAAGAACUUUCGUAGCUCACGAAAUGCCCGCCUUGACCGGCCUUUGGAUCAACUUUCUACACCUGUCAGAACUGGUUGAAGUUGUCCUGGCUACCAACCACCGUCUUAAACGCCCACCUGUCACUCGGUCUCGUCUAGAACAUCUAGACAGAGAGAUAUGGACCUGUUACGAGAAGAUCUAUGACCUUCAAGGCCAGCCGUCUCGUCUUCAAUCACUGCACACUCAUCUAUUGAGGGCGUACUACAACUCAGUGAUUGUAGCUCUGUUUCGACCUUAUAUUCACACUGCAAAUGUCGUGGGCAAAAGCGAGCAAGAAGGCCUACGAACCCUGGCCAUAGACCGUUGUCGAGCGGCAGCCUCCAACACGACAUACUCGCUGAACGAGCUAGUGUCCUCGGACUUGGUGGAUGUGGCUCCGAACAUGCUGAUCACUGCUAUGAUGUCUGCCAUGCAGAUACACUUCUAUGAGUACUGCCGUCUAGAUGGUCUCGCGUCCCACCACGCGCUGCAUAACUUGAAGCUGCACAUUAUGGUUCUGGACCAUCUGCGGAAGACGUGGUGGACCGCGGAUAUGCAACACAAGCUCUUCUUGGAGGCCUUGAAGGCACUGGAGAGUGCGCCGAAGGGUCCACAUGAGACGAUCCAGAGCAAAGAACCCCAAGUACAUUCGAGGCAGAGCGACACCCCAAGACAGAGGAGUGUGGAGGAGAUAGCAGGCGACGAGGGAACGCAUCAGCAAUAUGAUCUCGAAAGCGACAUCACCAACGAACCCAUUCUUGGGAACAACGACAACACUCUUGACGAGUUCUUCGGUCCUUUCAACCCUUUCAACUUCUCUGCUAUCGAUCGGUCGUUUUUUGGCAACGCUGGUGAUUGGGGUUUCGGGAACGGGGUUGUAUAG